AUCAAUCUAUCAAUCAAUAAUCUAGAAAUGGGAAAAGGAGACACAGGAAAGAGUGAUAUCAAAUCUGCAACGGCAGAGAUGAAGAAUGAGUUCAAGGCAUACUCGGUGGAGGCUGCUGAUAAUAUACAACAGGAGGUCCACAAGACAUUUGAUGAUGUCAAGUCGGCUUCAUCAAAGGCUGUCAACGAUGCCAAGGAUGUAUAUGGAAAGACUGUCAACGAGGCCAAGGAUGCAUUUGGAAAGACAAAGGCACAGGUCGAGCAAAAGGCCGCCAAUGUCAAGUCAGACAUAGAGAAGGAGAUUAACAAGGCCAAGGACUCUGUGGCCGAGGCCAAGAAGGAGGCUGAGAAAUGGAAGUCCUCUGCCGAGCGCAACGUUGAGGCGGCCAAGGAGAAGUUGUCCGAGAGUGCCCAGACCUUGAAGGACAAUGCUCAGAACUUGAUCAAGACAUCCAACGAGGACAUCCAACAGAUCAAGGAGGGUGCCCAGAACGUUGCCAAGAAGGUGGAGAACAUGGUGCAGGACGGCACCUCUGGUCUAAAGAAGUCAAUUGGUGACAACAUUGGCUACGCCAAGGAGAAGAUCCAAGAGGGAGUGGAGAGCCUCAAGAACAUGGGUGCACCCAACUUGGACCAGACCGGAAGCUUGAGGAAGGAGUGGGAGGAGCUGGACCGCACUGCCAGACAAUGGCCACAAAUGUUGUCCAACUCGAUCGAGUCUGCUGCACCAAUCGCUGGCGCCGCCAUCGGUUCACGUUCAUGGGAGGGCUGGCACAUGGACAAGCCAUCCAGUGACCCAGACCAAGACUUUGUCGACGGCAAGUUGGUGAAGGAUUGGGGUGGCCAGUCAUGGUCACGUGGUGGAUUCAACACUGAUCGUUCAAUCAACACUGAUCAAUACAAGACAUCAUCCAAGAUCCAGGAGCGUGGCACUGGUCUUGACCUGCGCCAUGGUGUCCAUGAUCUACAAUCGUUCGUUGACGGAAGAGCCUCGACCAUCAGACAACAAGUGGCCCAGGGCUCAUCCAUGCUCGAGAAUCAGAUGUAUCGUGGCAUUGACGACCUAAAGAAGAGCUCACUGAAUGUCCAUGAGGAGCUCAAGAAGAACGCCGCCCUCCUCAACGAGCAACUGAACGCCGGCACCAAUGACCUGGAGAACGAGGUGCGCUUGGGAACCUUGGACCUGUUGGACAAAUUGAAGAGAGACACCCACUCAUUCAAGAAGUCAAUCAAGCAAGGUGCCAACCAGCUCCAGGAGAAGGUGAACCAGAACGCCAACGAGCUGCACUACAAGAUCCACAACUCGAUCGAGACCUUGGAUGGCGUGGCCACCGUCAAUGCCAACUUUGAGGGCCUCAAGGACAGCGUCAAGAACAGCUCCAACAUCCUCGGCGCCGAGGCUGACCGUCUCCACAACAAGAUGCACAAUGGUUCCGUUGUCCUGGAGAAGAACGCCCAGCAACUCCAGAGUGAUAUCGAGGCCGGUCUCGAGAAGCUCCGCCAGGAGGCAUUGUUGCUCCAGAAGAAGGCUGCCGAUGGAGCCAAGGGUCUCCAGGUCGAGGCCGUCACCCUCCAGGGUGAGGUCGACACUGGUCUGCACAAGUUGAAGAGCAAGGCCAACGAGCUCCAGCUCAAGCACCAGGGCGAGCUGAAGCAAUUCCAGCAGCAGCUGGCCAAGGAGUUUGAGGGCAGCCUCAGCAAGAUUGGCACCAUCCAGUCUGAGAUCAAGGCGGGCACCAACCAGCUCCAACAACAAGUGCGCCAAGGCACAGCCGAGUUGCAGGGCUUCAUCAAGAAGGGCUCUCAAGACUUGAAGGACCUAGCCGACAAUGGUGCUGGUCUGUUGGAGAAGCAUGCACAGAUUGGCAUUGACCGUCUCAAUGAGGAGGCAUCCAAGGGCUACACAGAGUUCAAGAGGAACGUCCACUACGUGCCACCACAGACUGACGCCAAGUUCAACGCUGGCCAGGAGCAAUGGGGCACAGGCGACCGUUGGUUCGGUAGCUUCAUCUCCACCACCAACGACAAGAUUGGUAACCUCGUCAACAUGACCAAGGAAGAGACCGAGGGAGUGACCGAGCAGGCCAAGAGCGCAUGGUGGGACUUCUCCAGCUGGGGAUGGUCGGGACACAAGGCCGAGCCAGUCAAGGUCACCAGUGACUUUAUGCACCAGACCAAGGAGAUCGCCAACGACGCCUUGACCAGCGCAAAGGAGAUUGUUGUCGACACUUUGGAGACCAUCCAGAAGGACCACAACAACAACUACCAGCAGACCUUUGACGCCCUGCGUGAGGUGCCCAAGAUCAUCUCCAACGUCACGACCAACGUCACCAGCACCGUUAAUAACAGUGCCAACAACAUCGAUGAGAAGAUCUCCGAGACCGUCAACAGAUCCGUGCGCUCUGUCAACAGGGACUACUGGAACGACCUCGACCAUCUGAACAAGCAGAGCGGUGCCCUGUACGCUGCUCUUGGAGGUGUUGGAGGCUCGAUCAUCACCAGCUCCAUGUUUGUUGAGAAUCCAUCGCCACUGACCCGUUACGGUGCCAUCCUCGGUCUGGCUGGUCUGGGAGGCUGGUACGGUCUCACUCGUCCACACAUGCAAGAGCGUAGAAACAUCAUCUUGCAACACAGAGAGAAGAAGCAGGAGCACAAGUCCUUU